CAAACCAAAAAUCGGUUUAAAUUGUCUGAAAAGAAAACGAAAGAAACCGAAACCUUCUAUUUCACUCGGAGGCUCUGACGUUUAUUGAAGUUUCAUCGUUUAAGGUUGGACCAUUAUCAAUGGCGAGGAUCAUCAGAAGACCGUUAAAUUUGACGGCAGCCGCCCGGUUCCGACUUGCUCCGUUAUCUCCAUUCUCCGGCAACUCUGGUUCUAUUAACUCGGAUACGACUCGUUGCUCUGAGUUAAUUCGGGUACCGAGUUUAGUGGAGGGAUGCGAUUACAAGCACUGGCUGGUUCUCAUGAAGCCACCCAAUGGAUACCCAACUCGAAAUCACAUUGUCCAAAGCUUCUUCGAAACCCUAGCCAUGGCUCUAGGGAGUGAAGAAGAAGCUAAGAAAUCGAUAUACUCUGUAUCCACAAAGUACUACUAUGCAUUUGGCUGCAGAUUUCAAGAACCUUUGACUUACAAGAUUAGAUCUCUGCCUGAUGUUAAAUGGGUUUUACCAGAUUCUUUUAUUGUGGAUGGUGACAAUAGAUAUGGAGGCUCUGACGUUUCAUCGUUUAAGGUUGGACCAUUGUCAAUGGCGAGGAUCAUCAGAAGACCGUUAAACUUGACAGCGGCCGCCCGGUUUCGACUUGCUCCGUUAUCUCCAUUCUCCGGUAACUCUGGUUCCGUUAACUCGGAUACGACUCGUUGGUCUGAGUUAAUUCGAGUACCGAGUUUAGUUGAGGGAUGCGAUUACAAGCACUGGCUGGUUCUCAUGAAGCCACCCAAUGGAUACCCAACUCGAAAUCACAUUGUCCAAAGCUUCUUCGAAACCCUAGCCAUGGCUCUAGGGAGCGACGAAGAAGCUAAAAAAUCGAUAUACUCUGUAUCUACAAAGUACUACUAUGCAUUUGGCUGCAGGGUUCAUGAACCUUUGACUUACAAGAUUAGAUCUCUGCCUGAUGUUAAAUGGGUUUUACCAGAUUCGUAUAUUGUGGAUGGUGACAAUAGAUAUGGAGGAGAGCCGUUUGUUGAUGGAGAGGUCGUUCAAUAUGAUGAGAAGUAUCAUGCGGACUGGCUACGGGAUCAAACUGAUGAUGAUGCUAAUAACCGAGUAGUCAAGAAGAAGCCUAGGAGGAAAAGAAAGAAGAAGUUGAUCUAAUUGGAGAUAUUUGGUAUUUAGAAGUCUUCUUGCUUCAGUGUGGCACUCAAGCCUAAAGAUUUUCUGGAAUCUCUUUUAGUGUUACUAAUGAGCUGUUGUAAAGAAUCCUAGGUGUAAUGGUAGUGGAAAAAAUUAUUCAAUCAAUC